AUGCCAGAAAAAUUUCCACGCAAGCAAUCUCGGAAGCCUUCUGGUGAAAGACGUCAAUCAAAUAGCUGGGAUAAUGACCUCAAGAAUAUGAACUUAACGCUUCCUGAUGUUGAGUCGCGUAGAAAUUCGCAUACUUUUGCUAAACUUCUUGAAUGCAGUCGUCAGUUGUCAAUGAACACCGAUGGAAAUGAAUCGGAUGACAGUUCGCUGCCAAUCAAGCCACCAUCAAUUCAAACAUCUCGAAGAACGUCUAUUGCCGAAAUUUCAGAUAAAGGAAUAGUGACAAAAAACUCGGAUGACUGUGUUGUGCUAACGCAAACACUGGGAACAUCGACAACGUAUUUUUUUCAAAAGGACCCAGAUGCUGAAAAUUUGUCACUUCGGCCAUCUGUUGUCGAACGCGGUUUGUAUAACUUUGAUGAUGUCAUCAAAGAGGCUCCAAAAAGAGCGCAUGACACUCCGCGACCAUCAAUAGCAUUGAAUUUAAAACAUUCAAUUGCGGUUUACGAGCCUCCGCGAGGAAGACAACUUCAAAAGGCUCCCAAAAAACCUCCACCAUUUGGCAACGAGCUUGAUCAAAUCAUUUUGAAUCGCAGGAAGAUUCUGGAAGAAGAGGAAUCAAAACGCGAAUUGCAGAAUUUGAUUCAACCAAGAAAAGAAACUUCUCAUCGUCCUUCGAAACCACAUAACUUCGACGGCAGACUUCCUUCGGCCACAAAAACUGGCAUUAUGGAGGAACUACGAACUCAAAUCGAGAGCGGACAAAUUGAUCGGGUUGUUAAGGAAAAGAAGACGACAACGGUGACGGAAACACGAGAGAUCGUUUAUUUUACGCAACGCUUGCCAGCUUCUAUUGCAAUUUCCACAAGACUUUCUCCAACCGGCGUUCCAGUCAAUGUUCCAAACCGCAACUCGAUUACAGAUAGCAUUCCUCCACCGAUUUUGGAAAGACCUUAUGUUAGAGCCAGCAAUCACGACGGAAAAAUUCAUGGCAAAAACGUUACAAUCCGUCUUCCGGAUGACGGACAGAAUUCCGGCGGACAUCCUCAUUGUAUUCGUCGUUCACCUCAAAACGUCAGACCUUUGACAACUUACGAGAAAAUCGCCCUUCGUCUUAAUGCUGCAAAGUAUGAAGCCCCAACAAAUCACCCGCUUGACAAUGUUGCCGAUAAUUGCCGACAAUGCUAA